CGUGAGCGCGCAUACCCGGAAGUUUUUAUUUACAACGUGGGUUUGUGGGAUGGGAAUUCGCAUUUUGUACCACUAAUACGUGAGUGAAGAUGUUAUUUAAACAGUGUCAAAAGUUGAUAUUUUAGUCAUAUUUUUGUUUUUAUAAUGAAAGACUUAGAGCAGAGACAUGCCUCCCUUUUUCUAGAAGUUAGUUUACAAGAUGAGGCGACCCGUCUCCCCCUGCACUCCUCCAUCGUCCUAUUCCUCCUGUCUUAUUGUGAGUGCAAAUCUUUCAAAGUCCACCUUGUCUCCAGCAAGAUCGACAGUUCUCAGACCCUUCAGGGUCAGCUGCCAGAGUUCCUGGUCGUACAGGACGUGCAGCCGGAGGAUCUGCCUAUCCUGGUUCGAGGAUGUCGGCUACCUGCCGUGCUGGACGAAACCGGAAGGCUGUGCAGAGCCGGACUGGCCGUGGUCUUGAGGCACAUCAUCAACAAGAGCGUUGAAGCUGCUCCCUCCAGGAAUGAUGUGCAGGAACUGCUGGGCUUCAAGAAGACUUGUCUCAAAGCCUGUGCUGAGGUGAGCAAGUGGACUCGACUGUGUGAAAUCAGCAUCCCAUCAGCUGUUGAAGAGCACCUCCAAAAUUCCAACAACCAGCAGCCGCAGCCAACCCCUCCUGCCAUCCUUACCCUGGAGCAAAGACUAGCUGAGCCAGUCAAAGUCCACAACGAUGACAAAAUCCGCAGACAGAAGCUCAAGCAGCUGAGACGAAACGCAAAUAAAGACUCAACUGAAGGGAACGUGGAUUCCGACCCUGGUGAUGUUGGGCUUGAACUCAAAACCGCUUUGGCUAAACUUUCCAUAGCGGCAAGUCCAAGUCCGACCACUAGGGAGAGCUAUGAGAUCAGAAAAGUCAAGACCAACGACCUGCCUGUGCUGGAGCACGUCUUUGCGGAGGGGCUGUACUUCACUCUGACCGAUGUGGUCCUGCUGCCCUGCAUCCAUCAGUACCUGUCUUCCAUCCGAAGCCAUGCUGCCGGCACGCUGCGCCGCCUCCCCCACCUGCUGCGCUGGUACCGCCGCAUUCAGGAGGUGCCCGGGGUACUUCGGGCCGGCGAAAUCUGCGGGAUCACUUUUGUAGCCCUGGAAAAUCCGCCGCCCCUCCCAACUGGGCUACCGGUCGAAGGCGACCCGGCAAGUCAACUGGAGCGGGAAGAGGAGACGAGCACGCAGCUGCCUUUUGUUGGCGGCCCCCGGCCCACCCUAACCAAACUUAAAGAAAAUGGCAUCGAGGCGACCUUUGCUCAUCAUCCUUGCCCGGAUUGGGCACUCCCAUGGGACAGUUUACCCGAUGCCAUCAACCCCACGGAAGGGAAAAUGUCAAAAAUCCGCACAGUUAGAAAGAGGCAACAGUUGAAUAAUUUAGUUGCCAUGGUGACGCAGCUAGCCAAACCAGGAGACACUGUGGUGGAUUUCUGCAGUGGAACGGGCCACAUGGGCAUUGUUCUGGCUCACGCCCUCCCACUGUGUCAGGUCAUCCUCAUAGAAAACAAGGAAGAGUCUCUGAUCAGGGCGCACGGUCGCAGCCUAGAGCUCGGUCUAGAAAACAUCGGCUUCAUUCAGGCCAACUUAGACUAUUUCACCGGACCCUUUCAAAUAGGGGUCGCCCUCCACGCGUGCGGCGUGGCGACAGACAUGGUGAUGGAGCACUGCAUCCAGGCGGGCGCCGCCUUUGUCAUCAGCCCCUGUUGCUAUGGAUUCAUCCAGAACGCUGUUAAGUUCACCUUCCCAAGGAGCAAAAGGUUCCAGGAGACGCUGAUUUACAAGGAACACAUGAUGCUGUGCCGCUUCGCCGACCAAACUGCUCCCCAGCUUCCUCCUGAAAGGAGACUCAUAGGAAAGCAAUGCAUGGGUCUAGUAGACUUGGACCGCUCGUGGGGUGCAGAAUCACAUGGCUACCGAGUGCAGGUGAUGACCAUGGAGCCCGAGACGUGCUCACCCAAGAACAACAUGCUGGUAGGAAGACUCAGGAUGGAAGAUGGCCCUCACUAACUGUCUGAGAUUGUCAAAUGAAGACUUGAUUCGGUUUUUUUUUGUUUUGUUUUUAAUUCGACACUUUUAGACCAAUAAAGAUGGAGCCAUGUUCUUAAUUUUGCAUUUUUGUUGAAACAUUUACUGGGCAGAGCUCAGAAACCAAAGUUUAUUGGAAAUCAGUUUUUGACCUUCUUUGCAAGGCACCAAUUAUGCUACCCACCGACACAGCUUAGUAAUGAUCAAUUUUUGCCGAACCGUGCCCACUAACCAACAUCUUAUAUGAAGUAAGCAGAUGCUAGACUCCAAGCUUACAUAAGCCGUAACUUCCAUUAUUUAUAAGAGAAAAAUUCUUUUGUAAUUCAAAUGCAAAAAUUAUUUUAAUCACAUAGUGUAUUUUGAGCCUCGUCUGUAUAAAUUAGGUUAAUUGGGAUGCAAUUCUUUUGUUGAUCUUCCUUUGUCUGCCGAAGCCCAAAAUGUAAAAAGACCCCAAAACAUUUCUACUCCCCCCCCGGAGGCUUCAUUAUAAAAGAAGCAUUCACCCAAAUACCAACAAUAUUUCCUCUCUAUUCCCUGGGAGAGUCGAAAUCAAGUGCUGAUCCAAAAUAUCCAGUAUGUGAUGCCAGGGGACGCAUGGCACUGAUUUGGAGUUUCACAAAUAUUCAUUGUAAUGAGGUUUGCACCAGAAAUGUCAAUCAACCCAUUCUGGGCCUGCAAAUUGAUGAAUUGCCUUGGUUGGUUGAAUAAAUCAAAAUGCACACUGAGAUGUCUCAUUAUAUGCAAAUGGGAUUUCUGGAUUUAUGGUCACACAUGUCAUAUGUUUCAAAUGACUGGAGUGAGUGUCAGCCAGGAGAACCUUUCAGCUUUUUAUUACAUUCACUGUUUAUUUCACCUCUUUAAUAGUGGCCAAUGCAUGGAUCUCCUUAUGAUAGCAAUUUUGUUCUUAUUUCCUGAAAAUAGUGAAAUAUACCAGUUUGAAAAUCACUGGUCUGUAGCUAAGUCACACUACCCAAUUAAAAUGAUAUUUUUGUGCUG